AUGCCAUUGGGAAUGAAGAUUUUAUUUUUGAAGAAGAAGGUGAUGGAGCUAACUAUUGAGAAUCUUGAGCUAGAUGAUCCACAAGAACCUGUACAACCGAGAAGAUCUGACAUACCAAGAAGAUCCACAGCAACUUCAGAUUAUGUGUACUUACAAGAACCAAAUUUUGACAUUGGAGAUGAGGCUGAUCCAACAAGUUUCAGAGAAGCAAUGGAGAGUCAUAAUGCAGACAAAUGGAGGGAAGCGAUGUUAAAUGAACUUGAAAGCAUGAAGAAUAAUCAAGUAUGGGAAUUAGUUGAACCUCACAAGAGCCAGAAUUUGGUAGGCUCGAAAUGGGUAUUUAAAACAAAGAAGGAUAAGGAUGGAAGAAUUGAAAGAUUUAAGGCCAGAUUGGUAGCCAAAGGAUUAACCAAAGGGAGGGAAUUGAUUACACUGAGACGUUUCUCCAGUUUCCGCCAAAGAUUCUUUCCGCAUCAUUAUGGCUUUGGUGGCGCAUUGUGA